AAAAAAAAAAAACAAAAAAAAAACAAAACAACGAAAAGAAGGUUCUCAAUCAGAAAAAGGAGGAAUCGUGAAAGCGAAAGAGUUUCAAGUUUCAGGAGCGAAAUCUUCGAUCCAUCUCUGAGAGUGAGCUUCAUCAAAUCUCACCCAGGCUCUUACUAACUUUCACGUUCGAAUCUAUUUGUAGCCAGAGAUCUCUCAAAUGGAAAUGCCGUUUGAAUCUUGAAGAAUUUCUGAAGCUUCGAGCGUGGAGCUCUACUUCGAGAUCCGAGCUCUGUGGGGAAGACAAUGGGGAGUGGCCACGGGCUGGGUUCUGCUUUUGCUCUGCAGACAUGGCAGAUGAUAAUGCUCGCUCUGUUAUUCAUGGUUGGAUCCUUCUAUUUUGGCACUCUCUUCGGCAACAAUGUUCCUAUUUAUGUUUCUCACCUUCCUUCCAAUUCCACUUCUUCGUCAUCACUUGGCACUUCUACAAUUCCAAAUCAAGUUUCAAUCACUUACAGAGAGGUACCACUUUCGAUUCCAGAGAAUGGUAUGAAUGUAUGCCCAUUAAAAUACAAUGAGCAUAUUCCAUGCCACGACAUGUCUUAUGUAAAAGAAUUGCUUCCAACAUUGGAUAUUUCGAGAAAAGAAGAACUUGAGAGACACUGUCCUCCAGUAGAAAACCGCUUGUUUUGCCUGGUACCUCCACCAGAAGACUACAAGAUCCCGGUAAGGUGGCCAACCAGUCGGGAUUAUGUGUGGCGAAGCAAUGUGAAUCAUACACGCCUCGCUGAAGUUAAAGGAGGACAAAAUUGGGUGCAUGAGAAGAACCAACUAUGGUGGUUUCCUGGAGGUGGUACUCAUUUCAAACAUGGGGCGUCCGAGUACAUCCAAAGAUUAGGAAACAUGACGACAAAUGAGACGGGCAGUCUACGCUCUGCUGGAGUAUUUCAGGUUUUAGAUGUUGGUUGUGGUGUUGCUAGUUUCUCAGCUUAUCUUCUUCCCUUGGACAUCCAAACGAUGUCAUUUGCUCCCAAGGAUGGACAUGAGAAUCAGAUUCAGUUUGCUUUAGAGAGAGGUAUUGGUGCAAUGAUUUCUGCCUUGGCGACAAUGCAAUUACCAUAUCCCACAAGUUCCUUCGAGAUGGUCCACUGCUCAAGGUGUCGUGUUGAUUGGCAUGAAAAUGAUGGUAUUUUACUCAAAGAAGCUGAUAGGCUUCUGCGACCAAAUGGAUAUUUUGUCUAUUCGGCACCCCCUGCUUAUAGAAAAGAUAAAGAUUUCCCAAUGAUUUGGGAGAAACUGGUAAAUCUGACAACAGCAAUGUGCUGGAAGCUCAUCGCCAGAAAGAUUCAGACAGCAAUCUGGAUCAAACAGGAAAAUCAAUCAUGCCUUCUUGACAAUGCAGAGCGUAAAAUUGUGCAAAUAUGUGAUGCUGUGGAUGAUUCUAUACCAUCAUGGAAAACACCUUUAAGAAACUGUAUCCAUGCAAGAACUGAUCAGUCAAAAUCUCAGAAGUUACCUCCAAGACCUGAGCGUCUUUCAGUAUAUUCGGAGAGUCUCAGGAAAAUAGAUGUUAGUCAAGAGGAAUUUGAUUCGGAUACCAUUUUUUGGAAAGAUCAAGUCAACAUGUACUGGAAAUUGAUGAAUGUCAGUAAAACAGAUAUUCGAAAUGUCAUGGACAUGAAUGCUCUGUAUGGUGGCUUUGCAGUGGCAUUCAGAAAUUUUCCAGUUUGGGUUAUGAAUGUAGUUCCUAUAAAGAUGCAAAAUACACUCUCUGCUAUAUACAACCGAGGUCUGAUUGGCGCAUUUCAUGAUUGGUGCGAACCAUUUUCAACUUAUCCACGCACAUAUGAUUUGUUGCAUGUCUACCAUCUUUUUUCUCAAUAUAAAAGUGGUGAAGAAGGUUGCUUGCUGGAGGAUAUAAUGCUGGAAAUGGACCGUAUUGUACGACCUCAGGGAUACAUAAUCAUUAGAGACGAGCCUUCGAUAACAUCAAGAAUACAAGAACUCGCUCCAAAAUAUCUGUGGGACGUCGAAAUGCGGACGCUGCAAACUAAAGAAAAGAACACAGACUCUGUGCUGAUCUGUAGAAAGAAAUUUUGGGCAAUUGUCUAAACUUCUCGGCUGUUGUACAAAUGUUCUCUUCAACAGGACUUAAGGAUCAAUCUACUAUGCUUCAGAAGGAAGACAGUGUUCAAAAGAAGGCUGAAUGAAUGAGAGUUUUGGCUGAUUAUUGAGCUUCCCUCUCCAAGUAAAUAAGUCUGCACCAUUCAAAUGGAUUAUCAAAAGAAAUGCCUAAUGACAUAACUACCCUUUCCAUGUUACCAUAUUUUAGAAAUGUCUAAAAAUUAGAAUAUUUACAGAAGUGUCUAAUGUGUUGUUGAGAAACAACAAAAAUGGUAUAAUGGCUCAAUAUACCAUCUUUUAAGCACCACUUUUUAUAUGUAUUUAAUUUAAUACUGUGGAGAUAUGUAUCACUGAUUUGAAAAACACAUUCUGGAAAA